GGAGCAUUGGGAAACAGAUGAGAACAGACUGAAGCCACAUCGGACACAAAAGGACUUGUCGGACAAACACCACAAUGCUGGUGCCAUGGUCUAUCAAGCUUCACCUGCCAGUACUAGCAUGCAUAUGGAGCCUGUGCCAAGCACAGUACGAGCAUCUGAUUUAUCCCCAAGGUUACCCUGAGGCUGAGCAGGAUCACUACACCCUUCCACAGAUUCCCGCUGAUGUGCCAAGGAUCCAGUUACGCUUAGCCGGAGAGAAACGAAAGCACAACGAGGGACGUGUAGAGGUUUAUUAUGAGGGCCAGUGGGGAACCGUUUGCGAUGACGAUUUCAACCACCAUGCUGCUCAAGUGGUGUGCAGAGAGCUUGGCUACUCUAAGGCCAUCUCCUGGGUGCCUUCAGCCAAAUACGGGAAAGGAGAAGGCCGCAUCUGGUUUGAUAACGUACACUGCACAGGGAAGGAGAGCACCCUGGCACAGUGCGAGUCCAAUGGCAUUGGGGUGUCUGACUGCAAACACUCGGAAGAUGUUGGCGUUGUCUGCAGUGACAAGAGGAUCCCAGGAUUCAGGUUCCUCAAUCCAGUCAACAACAACAUCGAUCAUUUGACCAUCCAGGUGGAGGAUGUACGCAUCAAACCAAUUCUGUCCUCCUACAGGAAGCGAAUCCCUGUAACUGAGGGCUACGUGGAGGUCAAGGAUGGCGGCAAAUGGAAGCAGAUCUGCAACCAGGAGUGGAGUCCCAUGAACAGCAGGGUGAUCUGUGGCAUGUUCGGCUUCCCUGCGGAGAAGAAUUACAACGUACGCGUCUACAAGUUGUUCGCACGUAGAAAGAUGCCCUCAUACUGGGAUUACUCGGUGAACUGCACAGGAAACGAAGCCCACCUCUCGAGCUGCAACCUGGGACAUUCGUUGAUGGCCAACAACACGUGUGAAAAAGGUUUUCCCGUGGUAGUGAGCUGCGUGCCAGGAAGAGCCUUUGCUCCAACCCCCUUACAUGGCUACAGGAAAGCCUUCAGACAUGAGAUGCCGUUAGUUCGCCUAAAAGGAGGUGCAGUGGUCGGUGAAGGUCGGGUGGAGGUGCUGAAAAAUGGUGAGUGGGGCACCAUUUGUGACGAUCGCUGGAACCUGCUGGCUGCCACCGUGGUGUGUCGAGAGCUCGGCUUUGGAACCGCUAAGGAAGCGCUGUCUGGAGGUCAACUGGGUCAAGGAAUGGGCCCGGUCCAUAUGAACGAGGUACAGUGCACUGGUUUUGAGCAAUCUGUCACUGAAUGUGUCUUUAACAUGGAAAAAGACAUGGAGGGAUGCAGCCAUGAGGAGGAUGCUGGAGUCCGCUGCAAUGUCCCAGCUAUGGGCUUCCAGCAACGUCUACGUCUGAGUGGGGGCCGUAACCCGUUCGAGGGCCGCGUCGAAGUGCUGAUGGAGCGAAAUGGCUCUCUGGUGUGGGGCACAGUGUGUGGAGAUGGCUGGAGCACUAUGGAAGCCAUGGUAGUGUGCAGGCAACUCGGCCUCGGCUACGCCAGCCACGCCUUCCAGGAGACAUGGUACUGGCCCGGGUUGGUGAACGCUGACGGUGUAGUUAUGAGCGGCGUGCGCUGUGCCGGUACUGAGAUGUCUCUGUCUCACUGUCUACAUCAUGGAGAGCACGUGAACUGCCCCAGAGGAGGAGCACGCUAUGCUGCCGGAGUCACCUGCGCUGAGACCGCACCAGACCUCGUGCUGAACCCUCAGGUGGUGGAGCAGACCACGUACAUAGAGGACCGGCCCAUGUUCAUGCUGCAGUGUGCGUAUGAGGAGAACUGCCUGGCCUCCACGUCCAGCUUGACUCCGGCCAACUCAUACAGACGCCUGCUGCGGUUCUCCUCCCAGAUCCACAACAACGGCCAGUCCGACUUCAAACCCAAAGCCAGCAGAGAAACAUGGGUCUGGCAUGACUGUCACAGACAUUACCACAGCAUGGAGGUCUUCACUUAUUAUGAUCUGCUCAGCUUAAACGGCUCGAAAGUUGCAGAAGGACACAAAGCCAGCUUCUGUCUCGAAGACUCAGAGUGUGAUGAAGGCAUUGAAAAAAAAUAUGAAUGUGCCAACUUUGGUGAGCAGGGCAUCACGGUGGGCUGCUGGGACACCUAUAGACAUGAUAUCGACUGCCAGUGGGUGGACAUCACUGACGUCAAGCCUGGGGAUUACAUGUUCCAGAUUGUCAUUAACCCCAACUACGAGGUGGCUGAGUCCGAUUACACCAACAAUAUUGUGAAAUGCAGGACUCGUUAUGAUGGCCACCGCAUAUGGAUGUACAACUGUCAUAUAGGUGGAUCAGUGAGUGGUGAAACAGAGGAGCUGUUUCCUGGCCUUUUGAACAACCAGUUGACCCCCAGGUAAACUGGUUGCUAGACUGUUGGAUAAGAGACAACGGAGACACUGAUUGCUUGGACCACUAUGUUUUUCUCUCUGAACACUCGGUGCUAAAUGCAUGCACCAAACCAUUGCCACUCUGUUGAGAUGGAAAAGAAAAAAAAACCCACACCCAACUCCCCCCCCCCCCCCCCCCCCCCCCCCCCCACCCACACAAAAAAAAAAAAAAAAAAAAAAAAAAACCCUAUAUGAGGAAGCACACUAAAUACUACUGGGCAUGUAAUGAUAAUUAUGACAUCAUAAUAAUGUUGAACCUUUUAUCAGGGUACACAAUCUUGUCAGCAUAUUCUCUGUCUAUAUGUUUGGCCUCGGCUGCUAAACUUACGCUCUGGACAGUUUGUUUUCUGAUAUUGAGGUACGGUUUGCUAGAAUGAUUAUCGUAUUUGCCUAGUAAAGCAAAACACCAACACUACUGGUUCAGGACUCCCAGCAAAAGAAACAGUGGAUUAACAGAAACACAAUAAUAAUUUUAGAAUGAAUCUCAAAUGGCUUGUGGUAACAACAAUCCAAACAUAAUGUGUUUGUCUUGGUGUUGGUGAUUCGGCUAAUAUUUAAGGGAAUGAUGCCUUAAUGUACUCAUGUACAAGAAUGACAGGACCUCUGAAGAUCAUCGGAUUUGGGAAUUGUACUUGCCAUAACUUUAGUGCCUUACUAUUAUUUCAAUAUAGUAUUUCAAUUAUUUCAUACAGUUAUGUCAUACAGUUGUGGUCAUACAUAAAUCCUUUCUAUCAUUGGUGACAAAUAUCACAUUUCAUUUCUGGAGUGUUGAGUGCUAAGAACCUUGAGUAUUGAAAAAGAAUCAUGGGCACUUGUUUGGAAAAUAUCAGGAGUUUUAGGUAUCCAACAUCAGAGCAGAAAAUAAUUAAAAUUGGCAAAAUGUAAAACAAUUAAUAAAAGCUCUAAUACUAAUACAAACAUAUUGAUAUUUAAUGCGUGUACAUCUUCUAAAUGAAAAGAAAUUCAGAGUAUUAUGCCAAAGCAACUUUAGCUUCUAACUUAUGCUAGUUCUGUGGUGGUGUGCUAGCUUUAGUUAACAUUAGUUAAGGAUAUUAGCACAUUCCAUAACUAGUAUAUCAACAGUAUACUACUUAGUAAGCUGAAAUAAGUAGUUGCUAGCAAUUGCUGCUAAGGAUACAACAUAGUAGUAACCAACAGCAUCAACAGCUAGCUAGUUUUGAAUUGUUAAAUGCAGUGAUGUAUAAGGAGUAGUAGAUUUACAAAAUAAAUCACUUCAGCUACUGUCUGACAAAGGGGUAAAUAAAACUCCCUAGAAAAAAACAAACAAAAACAAACUCCCUAGAAACAAAACAAAACAAAACCAAAAAAACAUUUGCGUAUAUAGUCUAGCAUUUUCCCCAUUACAUUUUCCUUUCUUUUACUAAUAACUAAUAUAUGAUAAUGAGCACAAAUGACUCUGAUUAGACAUUGAAAUGCCUCAAAAGAUUGAAUAAGAACUUUUUUCCCCAUUCCAUUGAAGGUCUGGUGCUGGUUUUAUUUAAUGGCAAAGCAUUGCAAUUUUAUUCCACUCUUAGCUUCAGUUAGUAACUUAUUUUAAGUCAGGGAUUAGCUAAUAACUGUAUCCAAUUCAUUCAUUUUAUUUGGUGCAGUUUCUCUUUAUAUA